AUGACUUCGAAUGCAGAAUUCUUCUUUGGCUUAGUCCGGAUAUCAAUGCUACAACUAUUGAAGGCACACGGGUUCGAUAAAUGUAAACCAAGUACUGUCAAUACUGUCACAGAUCUAUAUAUUCGGUUUCUAGAACUUUUUAUGAAUGAAAUUACGAAAAUGGCCGAUUCAAGACAAGAUGAAGACGAUACAGUGGCAUUGCAGGAUAUUACAUUAGCAAUGCAAAAUUUAGGUAUAAUUAAACCAGUAGAUAUGCUGGAUGUGUAUGAUGAAAACCCAGAAUUGCCAAGCGAUUUAGGCUUACAAAAAUUUAAAGAAUGGUGUCUAUACAACUUUCAUAGAAAAGACGAAGUGCAAGUUUCAUUACCAACUACAGACCUAUUGUAUACAGAAAAUAAAUCUACGAAACCAUUGUCAUUAAUACCUGAAUAUAUUAAUCAAAUACAAAAUAAAAACGGAGAAGGGAAAUCUAAUGAAGAAGACCAAUUACUAGAAGAACUAGUCAAUAAUGGUGAUUUCGACAAUUGGAUAAAAUUUGUGGCUAUAAAACAAAGAGUCAAUAUGUAUAAAAAAAAUUCAAAAAAUUUACCACAAUCUUUGGAAUCUCUGCCGCAUAUUCCCGGUCUAAAAUAUACAUUUCUAGAGAGAAAUAAUGCAUCUUUAAAUUUCCCAAAUAACGAUCUAAUACCGAGUGUCCCCUUGGAUGAAGAAAGCAUGGAAAACGACGAUAAUACUCCUGAGUAUAUUAAAAAAGGCUCAAAAUUGUUAAAUAAACUACCCAUUAUGAUGCACGAAACAAGACUAGAUAAUAUAGUGCUGUCUUUUGAAAAUGAAAUAUAUGAUGAUGAAAAUAUAGAACCUCAAAAUGAUGAUAAUGAAAUUAAACCAAUGGACAUCAGUAAUGAAGACGCAAUUGAAGACGACAUUGAAGAUAAUAGAAUAAAUUUCAUGGAAGUUCCUGAAAGUACAGUUGGUAGUUUCUCAUUGGACGCUAAUAUGAAUACUCAAUUUGCAGAAAUGGAAGAUAUGGAUAAUACUUUCCAAAGGAGAGAUUCAUUGGAUUUCCAUGAUCGUCCCCAUUUCUAA